CCAUGCGUUCCCCAUGUGAGGUUUGGCGUCAACGCGCUGUUGAGGCAGAAAGUGUAAAUUAAUGAAUUAUUUGUAAUUCUUCUUCUAAAAGCUUGGAAUAUUUUUCCAUAAAAAUGCAGAAAAAUAAGGAAUCAACGUUAACUGAAGCUCAGGAUCACGAGAGUGAAGCUCAGAGUUCCUCUCAGAAUUUAAAGGUAGGAGAGGAGAAGAAGAAUGGCAAAGAGUCUAAGGGCCCUAAACGAAAAGCAAAGAGCAAAGAGUCAGAUGAUGGAGUCUUACGGCCACUCAAGCUUUCAAAACAGGAGCUGUACAAGGCCCCCACUGUGGAAGAGCUCAACCAGCUUAAAGAAACAGAAAAUCUGUUCCACUGCAGUUUAUUGAAAAUGCAGAUGGAGGAGCUGCUGAGGGAAGUGGCCCUAAGCGAGCACAGGAAGAAUCUAGUGGACUCUUUCGUGCAGCAGGUCACAGAUCUCCUGCAGUCUGUGCCCGAAUCUGAAGUUGUGGAGUUGGAAGAUCUUUCAUGGUUGUCAGGCAUUGAAAUUCCAUUCCUCCUCGUUCCGAAAGUAGCAAAAGGCAAAUUUCACAUGGAGCCUCCUGCAUCAGUCAACCUGGUGGGCAGUUAUCCAUUAGGCACUUGUAUCAAACCUCGAGUUGCGGUCGAUUUGGCUGUCACCAUUCCAGCUUCUAUUUUACAUCCAAUGGAUGCCAUUAACCAGAGGUACCCUCGGAAGAGAGCACUAUAUCUGGCUGGCCUGGCGCAGCACCUCUCCUCCACAAAGUCUGUGGGAUCACUGCGCUACACUUGUCUCCACGGCAACCGUCUUCGCCCACUCCUGCUAAUCAAACCCCCAGGUAAAGACAGCAGCAGCGUCACAUUGCGGAUUCAUGUCGUUCCCCCUCCAGACUUCCUCAAACCCAGUCAAUUUCGUCCUCAGAAAAACAGUGUCAGGACUGAGUGGUUCACUGGUGUUGCCAGUAUAAAGCAAGCAGAGAUCAGUGAGCCCCCUACUCCUCAUUAUAACAGCACAGUUCUUGGAGAUCAUCUGCCCCUCUCACAUCUGCAGUACCUCUCGGCCAUCAGUACACAGUGUCCUGCUUUUGGAGAUGGUGUGGCUCUCCUCAAAGUGUGGUUGAGACAGAGAGAACUGGACCAGGGUGCUGGAUGUUUCUGUGGUUUUCAUGCCUCUAUGUUAAUGGCUUAUCUUGUGUCCACACACAAAGUGGGCAAAACCAUGAAUGCCUACCAGCUGUUCAGGAAUGCCCUGCACUUCUUGGCUUCCACAGAUCUGACUGAGAACGGUAUUACCUUGGCUAAAAACCCAGACUCCAAAGCGCCCCCACUGCUUGAGUUCCAUGCAGCUUUUUCUGUGGUUUUUGUGGACCCCUCUGGACACCUCAAUCUAUGUGCUGACAUGACAGAUUUUACCUACAAACAGAUUCAACAUGAGGCAUCACUCUCGCUGAAGUUCUGGGAUGAUCCGACAGUAGAUGGCUUCCAGGCUCUGCUUAUGAUGCCCAAACCCAUGAUCAGAGCAUAUGAUAAUGUGUUUCAACUGGAUGAGCUAGUGAAAUUGCAGGCCUCCUGUAAGAAACUUUCAUUGCUCAAUGAGCUCAUGGACCAAAGUGGGAACUACGUCCUUACUGCGCUUCCUUUCAUUCUGUCCCUUUUGCAACGAGGUCUUGGAGAAAGGAUCCGUCUACUGGCACACUCGCUCCCUCGAGACCCUGAGUGGACAGUGGACAGUGCACCUCCUAAACAUAAGGACCAGUCGCCAUUGAGUAUUGGUUUGCUGCUUAAUCUCGAGCAGGCUCUUUCUGUUCUUGAGAGAGGACCACCAGCAGAUAACCCCAAGGCAGCAGAGUUCAGGCAGCUAUGGGGCUCUCGCUCAGAGUUGCGACGUUUCCAGGAUGGAGCUAUCACAGAAGCAGUGCUGUGGUCCGGCAGCUCCACCUUUGAGAGGAGACUUGUCUUACUGGAAAUCAUCACAUACCUGCUACAACUUCAUGCAGACAUUCCUGAAUCAUGUGUGAGGUUUGUUGGUGGACAGCUGGAUACGGUCAUCAAAGUUGGCAAAGAGAUCUCUAGUACAGGAGAGGAGGAGAGUCUGAAGGUGGUUCAGGCCUAUGAUGAUCUGAGCAGGAAGCUCUGGCAGUUGGAGGGUCUGCCACUGUCGAUUACGUCAGUCCAGGGAGCCCACCAAGCCUUAAGAUACACACAGGUUUUCCCCCCAGUUCCAGUGAAGCUGGCCUAUUCAUUUUUUGACAGAGAGAAGAACCGCCUCGGAUUAGUGCCAAAGGACGACAAACCCUGCCCUAUUUACAUCACUCCCAUUAAAAUCAUUGUUCAUAUGGAGGGCAGUGGAAAAUGGCCCAAUGACCGCCUGGCGAUACGGCACAUUAAAGCAGCUUUUCACAUCUGUUUGGGCGAGUUGCUUAACAAGCACCACAAAUACAGAUGUCAUGCCAAAUCCUCCUACCUGGAUGUUUGGAAGGAUGGAUUAGCCUUCCGGAUCCAGGUGGCAUAUCACAGAGAACCACAGAUCCUGAGGGAGAGUCUGACCCCUGAAGGAAUGCUUAUCUAUAGGGACAACCCUGAGGCUCAGGCCCUGGAGCUGGAGACCCAGCACAAACCUUUCCUAACCAGCACCCUGCAUGGGCUACAACAGCAGUAUGCGUGUUUUGGUGCUGUGUGUCGUCUGGCUAAACGCUGGCUGGCAUCUCAAUUCCUGUUGGAGGAUAUCAGAGAUGAAGCAGCUGACCUAAUGGUGGCUUCACUUUUCCUACAUCCUGCUCCCUUCUCUCCACCAUGCUCUCCUCAGGUGGGGUUCCUUCGCUUCCUCCAUUUGUUGUCCACUUUUGACUGGAAAAACAGUCCACUGAUCGUCAACCUUAAUGGGAAACUCACAGCCUCUGAAUACACAGAGAUAAAGAAUGACUUUGUAGCCUCUAGAGAAUCCCUUUCUACCAUGUUCAUUGUCACUCCGAAUGACAAAGUCUCUGUGUGGACUAAAGAGGCCCCUUCAGUGCAGAUCCUCCAGCGUGCUGUCAUGUUGGCAGCAGAAAGUCUGCGUGUUUUAGAGGCUCAGCUUGUUGACGCCAGCCAAAAACAAGACAUCUGGGUGGUAUUUCGACCUCCUCUUGAGGUUUACGAUGUUCUGAUCCACCUCAUUCCAAAGCAGGUGCCUCUGUUAGCUAAAGCAGUGGACCCUCCUCAUGCCAUCUUUUAUCAAGGCACCUUAAGUGGUGACAUAUCCACCUCAGGGGGAGCUUUGCCAGUCAUAGACUAUGAUCCAGUCAGACUGUAUCUGUCUGAACUCCGGGAUGCUUUUGGAGAUCUGGCUCUGUUUUUCUGUGACCCAUUUGGUGGAACAGUGAUUGCAGUGCUGUGGAAGCCAAAGGCCUUUGAGCCUCAACCCUUCAAGACAUCUUUAAUGAAUGCUCGCAGUGUGGAAGUGAAUGAAGAAGUGGCCUCCACUCUACCAAAUGUAGAGGCCAUCUUGCAGGACUUCCGCAUCAUCGGGGAGGGUCUUGUGAAAAAAGUGGAACUAAGGACACAAAAUUAGUUGUCUAGGAUCUGGCAAUAGUUUCUGUGGAAAUAAUACUUCAUCUGGAUAUUCUGUAUGCUGUUUAUUUGUAAAAUGUUUUGACCUCAUAUUGUUUCAAUAAAUGUCUCAACAUCUG